UUAGGAUUAUUUAAUUAGGAAUAAACCAAGAACAAAAUGUUGGGAAAUUUAUCCCGGCUGUUGUUGUAAUUGUUCUUCUUGACCUUUUGAGUGACAUUUACAUUGAAGACUGCUGCCUUUUAUAAAGGAUGCUAUUGUGCAGCUAAUACUAAACAAACUUGGGUUACUGCCACCCCUGGAAGAAUUGUUGCUGGGACGGCGCAGUGACUGCUGCUUAUCUAGGCUAGUCAUGAUGAUCAACAGGACUGAAUGAUUAGGCUCCUCCCGCACCGAUGUAUGGAACUUCAUUUUAUUUCAGUUAGCCCAAUAGUUCCAAUACACAACAUUUGCAGCAUGAGUGAAGCUCAGUAUGUUCAUUCAUUGUACCAGAAGGACAAAAAGACACACAGGUCAUGGAGUGACAGGAGGAACUUUCAGCUGGAAAUGGCCCUCCAGCCUGAUGCUGCUCCAUGGCAGUCCUGGAGUCUGGAGCGUGUUGCUCUCACCCUGAGCUAUCGUUUCCCUGGCUGCCAUAUCCGGGUCAUCCGCGCAUCCCAAAUGUACCUACACAAGUUCAGCUGUUAUCAGAACUUUGUAGAGAGCAACUUAUUUGGUGCACCAGAACACUCUCGAGACUACGGAGCUGUUCACCACCUGGGAGCACUCCUGGGUCACAGCAUGCAGCGGGCUGGCCUCCCAAACCCUUUACCCCCUCUUAGUGGUACAUCCAACCCUUACCCGCUGCCUGCAAGCUUCACCCUGACCAUAGUGGGCUUCAGUAAAGGUUGUGUUGUUCUCAAUCAAAUAGUAUAUGAGCUGGCUGGAGCUCGAGCAGAUCCAGAACUGAGGUUGUUUCUGGACAGUGUUUCAGAUAUGUACUGGUUGGAUGGAGGACACCCUGGUGGCAAUGAGACCUGGGUAACCAAUAAGUGUGCCCUGGGUGAGCUGGCCUCCAGUGGGAUGGCCGUCCAUGCCCAUGUCACUCCAUAUGAGGUACGCGACCCAAUUAGGGCAUGGGUUGGGCGAGAGCACCAGCACUUCAUAAAGACUCUGGAGAAUCUGGGUGCUUGUCUAAGCCAGAAACUGCACUUUGAGGAUGAGCCGGCAUCGAUUGAGAAUCACUUCCAGGUUAUUCAGGAGUUCUGACUGUUCUAGAUCCUUGCUUUCACAAGUCUUAACAUAGAAUAUAUUCUGUAUUUGCAGAACAGGCAACUUUGUAUUGCACUGAUACAUCAGUUAGUCAAAAGCUAUGGGUUCCCAGGCUCUGGAAGAAUAACUCUAUGCGGCCUACAAAACGCUCAUAAAAUACAUGUGAAAUGAAAGCUUAAUGACCAACCUUGUACAACAUUUAGCUGCCUGACAUUAAGCCUAAUUGUAUGCCUCUUGCAAUAUACAUCCAUAUGCUCUGCCUGAAAUAGUAUAUUUAUUUUUAGAAAUCUGUUUGGAAUGCUUUGUAAAACAUCAACUCCCUUAUGUUCAGAGAGCUCUCAUUUCACACAACAUGGAAAAGAGAAAUCUGAAAGUGCUUAUUAUUAAUACAAUUAUCUUG